AUGUCAAACUCCAGGAAGGCAAGCUCGGGUGACAUUGCAGAGAAAACCAAAGCUGCAUUCGGGCUCCUCAUUUCCCGAUUACAGCAAACCGUCCUGCCAGGGCAAAAAGCAACCCUCCCGUCGCCUCCUCAAAGAGAUCUCUACCACUGCGCUAUGUACCUCCACAAUGAACUCAGCAGGGCCAAUGUGUCUUACUACUUCUGCGGCGGGUUUGCUUGCAUCAACGUAGGCAUGACAGCUCGCACCACUUCCGAUAUUGACAUUGCUGUACCAAACGGAAACCAAGGCUACGGGGCACUCUUGGGCAUUCUGUCAAAGCCUCCUUUUAUUCAGGACGUCACGGGGACUCUACCUAGAGACUCGUACUACUUUUUUGUUGAAUCUAGCGGUAAUUUUGUGGAGGUUGAUGGCAUCAUCGCGGGAUUCAUGGCGUUUCCCACGAUUGAACAAGCGAAGAUCAUACAAGCUGGUCAUCUCAUGCAGCUCAACUUCCUUGAGCCGGCUGGGCUACUGAGGCUGAAGCUUAGCAGUUGGGCAAACCAAACCCGCCGAGUGGGUCCGAAAAGGCUCGGUGACAUAUCGGACAUCGUCUCGAUUCGCGACUUGUUAGCAAGCGACGGCACCUCGAUGGAUCUGAGAAGUUUGGCAGGCGACACCGCACUUGGACUGCGCGAGUGGGUGAAAGAAUUCAAAGAUCUGAAGCAAUGGCAACGGCUUGAUGGAAAGUACCAUGGAUAG